AUGGCGAGCGGAUUCGGCGCGCGCGGGAGCGAGGGGCGAUGCGCGCCGGUCUGGCGCGAGUUCACCAAGUGCGUGAACGAGGCGGACGAUCGAAGCGCGUGCUUUAAGUUUCGCGAGGAUUACGUGGAGUGCUUGCACCACAAGAAGGAGUAUCGACGCGAGAACGAGAUCGAGAACGAACGGCAGAGAAGGAACGAGGAGCACGCGAACGCGAAGAAGGAGGCGUUGUUGAAGGAGAUGCGGACGUUUAGUUGGGUGACGGAUGAGAAGUACGCGCCGAAGAAGUAG